UUUGCACGAUCCAGCUGCAGUGAGUUUAGCCAUAGAAGGGAAUAUCAAAUAAAUUAAGCUGAACUUGAAUAAAUUAAAUUCGAAGAAAACACAAUGAUGUUAUGUAUACUUAUUUCCGAUGCACAUGCAAAUAUAUAAAAACGUGCCGGAGAGUUUUAAUCAGAGAGACUUCGGAAGUACAUGUAAGAAGUGUUCUUUUGCAGCUGAUACGCCUUCAAGAAAAUGCAGUUAUACUGGCAUAUUCUAGACCUGUGUCUCUUUGCCGCUCUGGUGUGGCCUGCCUUGUGCAAAGACGAGGGCUACGUAUCGAAAAAUUCGUCCGCCUUACCUAACGCCAAUUUGCGUGGUAAAACCCUCCACUACCGAUAUGAAAGCGAAGCCAAUCUGUUCGGUCCGGCAGAGGAAACUUUUCACAUCUCCGCUGAUGUAGAUGUGGAGUAUAUUGGAGAUGGCUUUGGGAGCUACAUAGAUGAAAGCGCUUCAUCCUUCCUUAUGUUUAUGCGUAAUGUUCUUGCUCAAGUGGUCAAAGAAAAUGGCACGACCUCCCAACCCGAGGCUCCCCUGUCUGCUGACGACCUGUAUGACCAGCCUACCUGGUUUGUUCAACUGGGGAACGGAACUAUUGCCGAGGCUAGGUUUACCAAGAAAGAUUUAGGAAAUACAGACGUCAUGAAUUUCAAACGUUCUAUUCUAUCGGCACUUCAAACUAAUUUAGUGCGUGGCAAAGAAAAUGUCAAAGAGACAGACGUCAUGGGGACACACGACUCACACUACAGGUCUACGGAGCUGCAAUUUGGAGAGAUUGAAGUUAAGAAGCACUUUUCCUCCAAGGACAUCUACGCAGAGAAUAAUACUGACUCUGACACGGACGAAGUGGACAUCGAGACAGAUGAAGUCCAGCGUGUUAGUGGAGGUAUCCUGACCAGCGUCUCCGGACACGUGCAGGUGUUUGACAAACCCGAGGAACAGGAUGACGCUGUCAACUCUGAGGAAGGAAGUGAUAUUGAUCUUGGGGUAUUAUUGACAUCUGACGUGACCUUCAACCUUACCUUGCGCAAGCACGUAAAGCGUUCCGUUGAAGGCGUUCAAAGAAUGGCAGCGGCAGCUAACACUCAAUUCCAGAAAAGAUCAUUGGUCGGGCAGUAUGACAAGAUGUCUGGUGUAUACCGAAGAUGGACUGUUUUGAGGAAGAUGUUCGACGAAGAGGAUAGGUUGAAUCAAGUUGUGGCAAACUUCAUUAAGGAUCCAACAGAUCCGUCACAGUUGCAGGAAGUGAACGAAAUUCUUUCACUGGAAAAUGAACUCGGGAUCCCACACAACACAGCUACUUUUGCAGCGGCCAACAAACCAGCUCUGGUUAAGCAACUGAUGAAAGCAACAAAAGAGAUUGUUUCCAAAUGUUCGACAAAUUGGGGAAUAUGUAAAGCAAUUUUGGAUCUUUACAUCACCGCUGGCGGAAAAGAUGUUGAAAAGACUCUGUCAGAUCUGGUCCAGUGUCACCCCCUUGCUGCCGAUCAAAAGCAGGAACUAGUUCAGAAGUUGUCCUUUAUUGCCAAACCCACAAACCACAUCUUUACCACAGUCAAGACACUCUGGAACGCGCUGUCCUCCCAAGGCGAUCCAUCUCAAAGUCACGUUAUACUUACCCUCGGCUCCCUCGCCUCGAAGGAAACUACCAGCACUGCUUUCCAGUCAGAAUUGGUGGACUUUCUUCGACGCCAUCUUCAUUCAGGCGACAAAAAUAAUAACACAGAACAAAUUAGUGACGCUCUUGAGGCUAUAGGUAACUUUGGAGACAACAGACUAACACCGGACGUAUUAACAAUUGCUAAAAAGGAAGAACAAGUGGAAGAGAUAAGGAUAGGCUGCAUCCACGCUCUGAGAAGAAACUUCCACGUUGAGUCGGUUCAGCAAUGGCUAGUAGAUUUGCUGACUCAUCCAACGUCUAGCUGUGAAUUACGCGAAGCUGCCGUGGCCACCAUCAAAAACGAACUUGCUUACAGAAAGGUAUUGGAUACUAAAAACAAGGCAUGGCCCAAUUCAGGUCAAACAGAGGUGGACAGAAUCCUUCUCAAUGCACUUCUUAUGGCAGAUGUAAGAUAUGAGUGCGCAUUUUCAGACAUUAAGGAAUACAUUCUUCUUAAAGGUGUACCUUUUGGCAAUCUUGGUGAAAAGGCGGUGAAUUCCACACGCGCCAAAAGAGGAGUCGACCAUGUAAGUUGCAGCUCUUGGGGCACCUACGGAUCACGGUAUUCAGAAUUGUUAAGUUCAUCGCAGUUCUCAAGCGACAACUCUCUAUACCCAGACAACAAGCACUGCCUUUCCCACAUCAGUUACGGUCCUUCAAAAGCGAAUGUCUACAUCAAGUCAGGUGUGUUUGCUGGUAAAAAUGUACAACAAGGAUACUGUAAAGUGUACGGCAAGGCAAUAGCCAAACUCAAAAUCUUCUCCCAACGCAUUACUCUUGCUACCGCAGAAGCCUAUCGUCUUAAACAAGGCAGCAGUCGCACAAGGAUCUAUCUCAAUGUGUACGGGAAGACUGUGGUGUACAGAUAUCAGUCCGGUCCACUUGAAAAGACUUUUCCCGUUUACAAUCCAUCCCCAAUAACCAUCACCUUGUACCGGAUUUGGAUAUAUGUCGGCCAUAUCUCCUUCACCGUUUCCUUGGCCCCAAGCUUGGACUUUAGUGUCAGAGCAGGGUUUUGUCCUCGUACAAACAAUCCUUGUUCUCACUGUUUGACGAUGACCCUUAAAGCAAGUGUCCGCAUUUCUGGUGGUGCUUCAGCUAAUUUGGCUUCACUGGUUCGUGGUGGAAUUGACAUCGGUAUCACCCUCAAUUACUUAGUUGAAGGAGAGGGAAAGCUCUACCCUGGGAUUUGUUUCUCGUUUUACCACGGUCAUGACCCCAUGAGGAUUGACAUACAAGCUUGGUAUCAAAUACGAUCGUUCGUGGUUAGUGGCUGGAGAUCCUGGGGGUGGGCCUGGGGAAACAGGAAUACGUGGAGUCCGUCGUCGCUGUCUUGGAGCCUGGGAAGCUCUAGAAGACACCUUAUCGGUAGAGCGGGCAGUUGCUAGGCAUGUUUGUUAAAUGAUUGCAAAAAAACUAUCGACUUGGUCUGAAUAUAUAAGUGUGCACUUAUUUGUACAAGCGUGUACACGUACAUGUGGGCAUGUUUGUAUGAGUUGAACCUAUUGCAUCACAGAUACAGGGUAUGCUUAAUCCAAAUGAAAAAGUUCCUGUUACAACAACUACAGGUUGCAUAUAUUGUUCUUACAUUAUUGUCACAUUUUAAGAAAAUGACAUUAGUAAUCCAUGUAUGCCCCUGGGGAUACUGACUGAGUAAUGCGAUUUUUGUUUUGUUAAAUACAACUGAUUUCAUUUUAUUUGGUCGCUUUAUUUGAUUUAUUCGAAUCCGUCAAUACACUGAAUGAGUUCAUUUGUUUAUCUUCAUCAUUGUUUAUCUUCUUUAUAGUACGUGUUUUCUUCUUUUUUUCUUAUCUUAAAAAUUUGAAUGUGUUUAUUUGGUUAUCAAUUUGUUAAUGAUUUAUCUGUAUUGAUUAUUUUCAUUUCUAUUGCUUCUUUUGUGCAUGCUUUAUUUAAACACGAGCAUAUAACUUAAUUAUUCAAAAGUGAGCUAUCUGUAUAGGUUUCUUCAAAUUUAACUAUAUUGAUUGCUGUCAAAGUUUUUUACAUAUUUAGAUUUUAUUUACUUACUCUUUUUCCUGAAUGAAACGGCGCUUUCUCAUUUUGCGUGAAUCUAAUUGAUUAAAACAGAACACAUUGGAUGCUAUCUCCAGUUCAGAGAAUAGAGACCUAUUUGUAGUACCAGUACGUAUAUCAAUAUAUCUAUUAGUAUACUAAAAUUGUAUUAAGAAUAUCUCACGAUCAAUAUUUUUUUAAUUAUUUUUAUAGAUUAAGAGUUUAUUGAUUUUCACAUUUGCCUGAAUAAAACAACAUUGUCAUGAUGUGCGUGUAACUGUAGCUUAGGCAGAAUACAAUGA